AUGUCGGAGAAGGCACCACAAGUACUGGGCGGCACGCGUCCCAACGUCGACGAGCGCUUCCACUUGAACAACGUGGACGGGAGAGAAACUCGACCGUCGAUUUUCACGCUGCAAGCCGAAGACGAUGUGCCGGAGGUGACGACUAUGGAGAGUCUCUGUAUGAACUGCCACGAAGACGGCACGACGAAGCUGCUGCUGACGAUGAUCCCGUACUUUCGUGAAGUAAUCCUGAUGUCGUUCGAGUGUGACCAUUGCGGUAUGAAGAACAGUGAGGUGCAGUUUGGCGGCAAGGUGCAGGAGCAGGGCGCCAAGAUCGAGCUGGAGCUCACGGAACAGGAGGACCUGAACCGUCAGUUGAUCAAGGCCGACGCGGGCUCGAUCUACUUUCCGUCACUGGACUUUGAGAUCCCUCGUGAGACGCAGCGAGGCAGUAUCAAUACGGUUGAAGGCUUUCUUCAGAAUGCUAUUGGCGGACUACGUAAGAACCAGGAACAUCGUCGAGAGACUGACCCAGAGACGACCGAGAAGAUCGAUGACUUUAUUGUGAAGCUUGCUAUGAUGGCGACAGGAAGUACGCUCCCGUUCAAGGUCGUGCUGGACGAUCCGUCUGGUAACUCCCACAUUGAGAACCCGCACGCGCCUGCGGCUGACCCCAAGAUGAAGGUUUCGCACUACUACCGUUCAGAGCAGCAGGACCUGGACUGUGGACUGCAGCCUGAUAUGUCUCACGAUGCACCGACACAGACUCCGCGUGUCCUGCCGCACCGAAAUGAAGGCCUGGACAAGUUUGUCGAGGAAGCGAAUAUCGCGAAGAAGGAGGUGAUCCAGAUCCCAGCCAACUGCUUCGCUUGCCAAGCACCCGGGUUCUCGUGCAUGUGCAUGACGGACAUUCCUCACUUCAAGGAGGUGAUCAUCAUGUCCUUCAACUGUGAAGCAUGUGGUUUCAAGACGAACGAGGUGAAGGCUGGUGGCGCCAUUCCACCUCAGGGCGAGCGCAUGACGCUCAAGGUGGAUGUCAGCAAGGACCCGGACGCAUUGGACCGCGACAUUCUAAAGUCCGACUCGGCGUGUGUCAACAUUCCCGAGAUUGAGCUCGAGAUGGCACAUGGUUCGCUCGGUGGACUGUACACGACUCUAGAGGGAUUGCUCAGCAAGAUUCGUCAAAACAUUGAAGAAGGGAACCCGUUUGCUAUUGGUGACAGUGACGGCGGUCGCUCACUGCUGAACGCUUGGCUAGCUCGUCUUGAUGCUUUGAAGCAUGGGUCGAAGCCGUUCACGCUUAUCCUGGAAGACCCGCUGGCCAACAGCUUCAUUUACUCGCCGUAUGGCAGUGCUCACGAUGAUCCGUACAUGACAGCCGAGAAGUUUACGCGGUCAGAGUACGAGGACGACGUGCUGGGAAUCACUGAUAUGAAGGUAGAAAACUACUCGGCAGACACUGGACUGGGCAGCAUUACUGAAGACGAGGACAAGCCUGCUGAAGUGAUUCGUAGUGACAAGGAGACAAUGGGUGGUGGGCAGGCUAUUGACCCGUCCAAGUACCACCCGAACCCGUCGGCUGUCAUGGAGGUGCGACAGCAGCAGCAGCAGCAGCAGCAGCAACAAACACAGUGA